ACUGCGCAUGCGCCUUGUUUUGUGCGCAUGCGAGUUGAAGCGUAUUGCGUGGACUUCCGGACCGUCAACUUUCUCAUUACACCUUUCGGUUAAAGAGAAGCGCUGGGUGUUAUCGCUACGCUGCAUUGCCUUUUGGUGUACUUUUUUUUCAAGUGUUUUGCUGCGAAUAUGCUGCGAGAUGAAUCAACACUGCGCAUAAGGACGAAAAAAACGUUGAAAUCACGAAGAAUGAAAGCGACCUCUAAGGAGGAGUAUAUUGUGUAUGUUGGCAUCAGCUGGCUGUAGAGGUCAACGUGUGUCAUAGAAUCGGGAUUCUAUUAUCCUGACUCAAGACCACACGCCAGGGAAGGAAAGGAAUAGAUUUUAUGCCUUGCAUCCUUUUUCUGCAUCCCCGAUUUCAUACUUUUCCAUCUGCAAUUUGGGGAUCAUGGAUUUGAAUCAGUAACCUCCUUAAUGUUAACUGACAAUGGAAGGAAUUGCUAAAACUGUGUAAUGUUAGCUUGCCUUAGAUCUCUUAAUCAUUGUAAUUAAUUUUAAAUGGAAAAUGUUCGAUGUUCAUAUCAUUUGCAUAUGUACAGUUUUUAAUUUAUCUUUAAAGCACACUUAAAUGUUAUAUUAAUCCUACAUUUUUUCCUCACUUUUUCCAUUGAAUUGUUACCAUUGAUCAGAUAUCAAACAACCCUUGUUUGAACAGACAUGGCGUACCAUUCCGAUUUUUUCCCUGGAAAUGAGUUUAUUUGCACAGAGUGUGGGGAAGGAUUUGGCCAGUACCCGAAACUGAUCAAUCACAUGGCUAAUCAUGGGCCAAUGGGUCCGUUUUCUUCCAUUUCUGAAACUGAUAAUGGCUGUGACAAACCUAUUGAAUUUGCUCUUCAUGAAAAUGGAACACUCACAGUAGUUGAUCGAUCCGCAUUGUCAAAUUUCUCAUUCUUAUUUGGAAAACCCAUGUCAAAGUUUUUGUCGAAUACAACACAUUAUCAGGAUUCCUUGUCUUCAAGCAGAGUGGUCGAACGAGACCAUAUCCAGUGUAGAUGUGAGAGAUGUGGCCAAGUGUUCAGGAACCAAAGAAGUUUGCAAGAGCACCAGCGAUAUCGUCCCCUUGAGCAAGGGUUUAAGUGUACUUUAUGUUGCAAGGUUUUUUAUGAUAGAGAGAGCCUUCGUGGGCACCUUCAGAAUCAUGCUCAUGAACGUUUUUACAGUUGUGGACAUUGCGGAAAACGAUUCUUAAGACAAGAGACCUUGUUGCUACAUCAGAAAGAAUGGCAUAGGUCUCUUGGAUCCCAGAGUUCAAGUAAAUUCGAUGAAGACCGUGAAAAUGGUAUAGAUAAAUCAUAUCCUUGCAAGAUUUGUGGCUUGCGUUUCUUUUGGUUAUCAGACCUGCAGAGCCAUCUACUGAAUCAUUCUCAUGUCAGCAAAGCCUCUGAUGAUCUCACACAGAAAGAGAACAUGCAGGACCAGGAUGAGAGUAGCCCGAAAAAAAAUCCCUCCCAUUCUCCGGAUGAUACUUCUGACCGAUCAUAUCGUUGUGGCUUAUGUGGCGGACACUUUAAUUGCUUGUCAGAUUUGAAAGACCAUCAUCUGUCAGAUCAUCCAGACGAGGACUCUUCUGAACCAGUACCUGAGAUUAGAAAGCAGCCUGCCAAUUACUGUGGUGUAAUGCGUCAAAUGGUUCCAAAACACCAGACUCAACGAAUGGAUCUAUUGAGGCCACGAAUGAGAGGUAGACCAAGAGGAGGUGCUGCCAGAAGUAAUCCCCACACUAAAGUUUUCCCUUGCAAACAAUGCCAUAGAGUUUUUGUACACUCUAGUAGCCUCUCUCGUCAUAUGCGUUACCAUAAGGGUACCCUUCAUACUUGCCUUUAUUGUGGUAGACACUUUCCACAAAGAUGCGAUGUCACAAGGCAUGUUGCCAUGUACCAUAGCUCAGACAUAAAGCUAAAGGUCGAUGGGGAGAAAGUAGACCAUGAAGAUAAAACUUCUACUCAUAUGUCACCAAAAACACAAGCAAGCAAUGACAGUGAUCAUAAAUCGCAGAACAACGAAGACCAGCAGUCAUCAAACCCUCCAGACAAGGAAGACUUGCCAGAUACCCAAGAGACGUCUCUACUCAAGCCAAGAAUAACCUACAAAUGCAAAGAUUGUGGUCGAGUCUUUAGGCUACUCAGCGUAUUUCAGCGACAUGGCCGUUACCACAAAAUAAACCCCUCUCGGGUAUUGCUAAGCUGUCCUCAUUGUCCAUGUCGCUUCACCUUCCGCUCUGCUCUCGAGCGCCAUCUUCAGAAUCAUGAUAAAGAAGGCUCUGAGAAACAUGGUGGGGAAGAAUCUCCAACUGCAGAGGAAAAUAUGGAGGAUUUAGAAAAUGAAGACGAUUUAAGUGUUGAAACAAGUGAGUUAGAAGCUGAUACAAAAGAGAGUCCAUCAAAAUAUAUAUUGUAUGAAUGCACUGAAUGUACUGAGACUUUUACAGAUCUACAGCUAUUCCUCAAACAUCAGCACACUCAUGGUUGAAAGGUAUUCGGAGAGUCUGUAUAAUGCACCUUUAACUGUUGAUUUAAUAUAUGUUGAUGUUUUGGUUUAAUACAAUGCCACAUCUGCAAUGGGUUGGACAACCAAUUUAAUAUUGAAUGACUUCAAGCUGCCAGUUAUUAAUAUCGAAGUUCACUGAAUUUGUGUACAUUGUCUUACUCCACUAAAUAAUGUCAUACUGUGAACUAACAUAGAACAUUGGUAGAGAUGUUUAGUUCCUCCUCUGAUUGCCUCCAGUAGGCCAUGAACGGAUGGUAAAGUGGUCAUAGAAAAUAGGUAUUUCCAUUUUUCCAAAUGAGUUUCAUUAAUUCAGACUGACAUCAUGUGUUGUUGGAACCCAGGGUACAGUGCUAAUUAAGCUUACUGAUGCAGUAUGGAGUGCAGAUUUGUUUGGGGGCUUCCUUGAGGGACUUGUACUAAAAGACUAACGUCUAAUAUAAUCACUGCAUUUGCUGUUUGGAGACUUGUAGACAUUUUGAGGACAAUUCAAUUCUGACUUUUCUUCUGACUUGCUGUAACAGCUAUAUAUGAAAAGCUAGGCUUAAGUACUGGACAUGCUGGUUGCACUUCUACAAGCUCAUUUUGGGACAGUGAGUUUCAGUCCAUUACAAGAAUCCUGGGAACUGACACCCAUCAGAUGGGAAUAUUACUGUAUACAUGUGUCCAAAGCCACAGACAAGGUUUUUCAGUGAAUCCCAGGGUCUGAAAUAAAGUAUAGGUGAUCUUUUUUUUUUUUUAGCAGUUCAACAUUUUAGCGAUUUUGUAUCCUGUUUUAUGCUCUAUUCCCUCUAGCAAAUUGUAAAAACUGUUCCCAAAUGGUCACCUUUAUUUGUUUCUGUGCUAUGUGGGUGAUAUCUUUUUAUUUUAUUUUAUAAUAAUGACUGAAACACAACUGCAGAUCUCUUGUGUAUUUGUAUUAAUAAAAUUAGUUAUCUGA